CGGCACCGGAAGGGCCGCCCGGCCGCGGAAGCGCGGGGCCGGCGGUGCCGUGGCGGCGAGACGUGGCUGCUCGACAGGAGCAACUCAUCACGAUGCCAGCCUUGCCUCUGGAUGAACUCCAGCUGACUGAGAGGGAUCCCAAGACAGGGAAGCUGAGAACUUUACCAGCACUGAACCCAGAAAUAAAAGCAGAUCGGUCUUUUGUGCUAUACAGACCGCCACCUGUUGUCAGAGACCCCGCUUUAGUGGAAGAAUUCUUGGAGCGAGCAAAAUUCAUUGCAGAUGACCUGAACUGGCUUCUGGCUUUGCCUCAUGACAAAUUUUGGUGCCAGGUAAUAUUUGAUGAGACGCUUCAGAAGUGUCUGGAUUCCUACCUGUGCUAUGCCCCUCGCAAGUUUGAUGCGUUGUUGGAUUGCCAUCCAGAGGUGAAUGACAUGCAGAAACGUCUUCAUCGGAGUGUCUUCCUGACUUUCCUCAGAAUGUCCACUCACAAGGAGUCCAAGGAUCAUUUCAUCACUCCCUCUGUCUUUGGAGAAAUUAUUUACAAUAACUUCCUGUUCGACAUCCCUAAGAUUCUGGAUCUAUGUGUGCUUUUUGGGAAAGGAAAUGGUCUCCUGCUCCAGAAGAUGAUUGAAAAUAUCUUCACUCAGCAACCGAGUUACUUCAGUGACUUAGACGAAACUCUGCCCACUGUCCUCCAGGUGUUCAACAAUAUUUUGCAUAAGUGUGGUUUGCGGUGUGGGGGAGCCUCUGCUGAGCCCCAGAAAUUGGAAGAAAAAGUAAAUGUGACUCCGGGGAACAUGCCUCUCCAGGAGCUGAAGGAUAUUGUGCUGUACUUAUGUGACACUUGCACGACACUCUGGGCAUUUCUUGAUGUCUUCCCAAUGGCUUGCCAGACCUUCCAAAAACAUGAGUUUUGUUACAGAUUAGCUUCGUUUUAUGAAUUGGCAAUUCCUGAGCUGGAAUCUGCAAUUAAGAAGAGGCAUUAUGAGGAUAACAGUGUUUUUGCUGAUUUGUGGAGAAGAAUUUCACAUUCCAGGAAGAAGAUGAUAGAAGCUUUCCACAUCCUCAUAAACCAAGUCUGUCUGCAGCCCAUCUUAGAAAGCAGCUGUGAGAACAUUCAGCCUUUUAUUGAGGAAUUUCUACAGAUCUUCACUUCGGUGCUUCAGGAAAGGAGAUUUCUCCGUGACUAUGAUGAGCUGUUUCCUGUGGAGGAUGAUGUCAGUCUGCUUCAGCAAGCAUCUUCCACACUAGAUGAGACCAGGACAGCCUAUAUCCUGAAAGCAGUGGAAGGUGCGUGGGAAGGGGUUGACAGGAAAAAAGCACAAGUCGUUAAAGACCCAACACCACCAGCAGCAUCUAAUGGAGCAUCAGCAAUAGUGGAGAGCACCACUGAGGACAUGGAAGAGCUCGGGGCUGCAUAUGCAUCAGGGGAUGAGUGUGCCGGCGCAGCUGCUGCGCCUGUUGUCAAGGUGUCAGGGGUGGAGCUGGACUCUCUCAUCUCCCAAGUGAAAGACCUGCUGCCAGACCUUGGUGAGGGCUUCAUCCUGGCCUGCCUGGAAGAGUACAGUUACAACGCAGAGCAAGUGAUCAACAACAUUCUAGAAGAUAAACUGGUGCCAUACUUGGAUAAGCUGGACCGAACAAUGCAAAGACAGCUGAAGCCAGACCCUACUCCUCUAGUCACUUCUCGCUAUAAUGUUUUCCAGAAUGAUGAGUUUGAUGUUUUCAGUAGGGAUUCAGUGGACCUUUCUCGGAUACAAAAAGGCAAGCGGAGGGAGAAGGACACGACCAGGAGUUUGCUGAAUGACAAACGCCUGAUUGCUGAGCAGAAGGAGCGCUACAGGCAGUACAGCGUGAUUGUGGAGGAGAUCCCUGUGCCGCAAGGAGAAGCUCAGCUCUACAAGGAGGACUAUGAGGAUGAAUAUGAUGACACCUACGAUGGAAACCAAGUGGGGGCAAAUGAUGCUGACUCGGAUGAUGAGCUGAUUAGUCGGAGGCCAUUCACAAUUCCUCAGGUCUUGAGACCUAAAGGACAAGAGGAAGGAGAGGAGGAAGAGGAAGAGGAUGGAGAGGAGGAGGAGGAGGAAGCGGCUGAGAAGGAAAGAACAAAGGACCAUUUUGUGCAGGACCCAGCUGUACUGCGGGAGAGAGCUGAAGCCAGGCGACUGGCUUACCUUGCAAGGAAAGGGCACAAGCACGACAGCUCUGCUGUCGUUGGGAAUGUGAAGGGCCAUGGGCAGAACCGCGAAACAGUGCAGGAACGAAGGAAGAAGGAAGCAAACAAAAGCACAAGAGCUAACCAUAAUCGACGAGUCAUGGCUGACAGAAAGCGGAAUAAAGGCAUGAUUCCUUCCUGAAUGACUCUUAGUGCAGGUGUUGCAUCAUCCCCAGUCCUCUGCUUAGGAGGAGGCAGUUGUGCUGUUCCCUCAGCGCUCCCUUUGCUCAGGGGACUGGAUGUUGUGGUUCAAUACCUUGUACUUCAGCUCAUGCGGAAUUGCACGCCCUGUGGGAGGGUUGCCCGUUCAUGGAAAGGAACUGCCCUCCAGACAGAUCCUGACUGCUCUUCACUUCAUAGAGAGACAUGUGUAUGACGGUGGGCUGCACCGCGAUGCAUCAGACAGGCUGCACCAGCCUUUCAUUUCCUUUUGUACUAUUUAUAAUUCUGAGAAUUUUAUUUUCAUACUGGCUCCAUGCGCCCUCUCUGCAACUCAAGUGGGCUUCCAGGCCAUGCAGCGGGCAGCUCUGAGAGCGAGGCUUCCCUGGAACAGCCCUCAGCUUUCUGCUCCACUGAAAUGCCUUAUCCUGAAGUACAACUUGAAGGUUGAUAAGAAAACGCUCAGGCUAUUCCCAUUGCUGACAGACACACAGGAGUUCAGGUGAAUAAGACCUCAUCAUAAAUUUAUGUCCCUUGAGUGAGGCGUGUGAAAACAGAACGUGCAAAUAAAUGAUUUAAUUCUGUUAGUUGGUGUUUUAGGCUCUUGCGAACCGUAUUGAUCUUUAACUUGGAGGAAUGUCAACAAGCCUUUUAAUGUGCUGUGUCUGCAGGCAGUGAAAUUCAGCUGCUCUUUUGUGUUGGUUUAGUGUAAGAAGAUCUAGCCACCGCCACGGAUACUAAAGACACUUGAACAUCAGGAUCAAGGCAUCCUAAACUACAUGACAGUAGCAUCGAAAUCAGAGUUGAAGGCAGCAGGGUCAAAGUCCCCUGGGGAGCUGCCUCCACAAUAACCACUUGUCACACUCUGUGAAGCAGAAUUGCCCUGAUCAUCAUGUUUGCUGUUGGGAAGGCUGGGAGUAAACAGUUUGUAGUUGCUGAAAGGACUUUCCCUACCCAGGGAGACACACUUAUUACUGAGUUUACUUUGUAACCUGUUUGUAAGGUGCUCAAAUGCCAUGGCAUUAGCAGCUAUGCUGUGCCUAGGUCAGCCUGGAGUAUCCGCCAGCAGCUGGUGAUAAAACUGUUCCAGUCGCUGUUGUCAUGGAGCACUAGCAUGUCUUUGGAGUGCUGUCCCCAUCACAGAGGCAAACUUCCAGGUACACAAGCAGGCUUUGCUUGGUAAAUCUGCUUUUGAGUACCCUCUCCCACCACCCCCCUCUGUUUUUUCUGGUAUUGUAUAAAGUCAAGCAUGCAAAGGUGCCUGUGGUUGUCAUCUGUGUGCUGAGAAAAUCAGCAGUGGGUUUUGUAGCGUUAGAGCUACCGUUUGAGGGUAAACCUAGUGCUGCCUUCCCACUUCGGAACGCUGCAGAAGGAGCACUUUGGAAAUAAGCUCUGUAGGCACAUACAUUGCUGCCUAGUUUUACACAGAGGGCGGGGACUACAGGACUGUACGAUUAGUGCUGCUGCCAAACACUAUUGUGAGAAAGUGCAGAAAUGGCCGUCACCGUUACGCGAAUAAGGUGAAGUCCUGAGUGCUCGGAGGACAUGAUUUUUCUUUGUGUAUCAGUACUGCCCAAACCCCCUAAUGACAAGGCAUUGGAAAAAGGGAAUUUUAUAUACCAAUUUCCCCCAAUCCACUGUUGAGGGAAAUCACCUGCCAGGAUAAACUAACUCUCUGCUCUUCUCUAGCUACUCUCCUCUGGACUAAUAGCUUCAUUUACUCUCUGCCAGUCCACCACAAUGCUGCCUCUCCCUUCCUAAUACUGUAUUCAUCUUCAGUUCUUGCUUCUAAGAAGCUGCAAAUCUCUAUCACCCGCUCAGCAUAGCGUGAAGCUAUCAGCUCUGCAGCCAGAGCAGGUAGUAAAGCAGGCACUUAUACUGUACAAGAUUAUCCCAAGAAAGCUUAAAUGGUUCCUCUUAAGCGUCUCUAUAAAAGCACAGCUGGGACUGUGAAAGCUGUGGUUGGUUUUUGCUCAGAAAACACAAGCACAAUCGUUUUUAAGUCCUGUGUUCUUCGACGUUUUACUCCUGACACCUAUUUACAAAUCCAAUAAAGCUUCUUUCAUUAGUACUGGC